AUGGCAGGAAUCUUGACCCCAGUGAUGUACUGGGCCGUACGCCUACCCUCUGUAGAACGUACGGGGGAUUGGGGCAGGGGGAUUGGGACUGGGGAUUGGGACGGGGGAUUGGGACGGGGGAUUGGGGCGGGGGAUUGGGGCGUGGAUUGGGACGGGGGAUUGGGACGGGGGAUUGGGGCGGGGGAUUGGGACGGGGGAUUGGGGCGGGGGAUUGGGACGGGGGAUUGGGACGGGGAUUGGGACGGGGGAUUGGGACGGGGAUUGGGGCGGGGGAUUGGGACGGGGAUUGGGGCGGGGAUUGGGACGGGGAUUGGGCCGUGGGAUUGGGGCGUGGGAUUGGGGCGUGGAUUGGGGGCGGGGGAUUGGGGCGGGGGAUUGGGACGGGGGAUUGGGGCGGGGAUUGGGACGGGGAUUGGGGCGGGGAUUGGGACGGGGGAUUGGGACGGGGAUUGGGGCGGGGGAUUGGGACGGGGGAUUGGGGCGGGGGAUUGGG